AUGGAACACCACGACGCCGUCGCCAGGCCGACAGUAGCGGUGUUAGACGUGAAGCUUCCUCCCUUUUGGACCAGCGACCCGGCACUUUGGUUCGCCCAAGUAGAAUCGCAGUUCGCCGCCCGCUGCAUCACCACCGACCACACCAAGUACCACCACGUGGUCGCCAACAUUCCACCUGCCACAGCGAGCGAGGUGCGCGACAUUCUGCUUGCCCCACCAGCCGAAGAUGCCUAUCGAGUGCUCAAAGAGACGCUGAUUCGCCGUCUAACCCCUUCGGAGCCGGAGCGCCUGCAGCAGCUGCUACGCGAGAACGAACUGGGCGACCGCCGACCCAGCCAACUGUUGCGCCACAUGCAGCAACUAGCGGGCUGCACAGCAGGUCUCGACAGUCGCCUGGUGCAGGAGCUUUUCCUUAAAAGACUGCCCGCAACCGUGCGGAUAGGCGUCACGGCCUCCGGAGAGACGGACGUUUCCAAGAUCGCCGAAAUGGCUGACCGACUCAUGGCCGUCAACACGCCAGCAGUUGCCACGGUGCUCGCCGAAGCCUCGCCCUCUCCCGCCUUGUUGGAGACUCGUGCGGCAAUUUCUCGCCUCGCCGACACCGUCGCGGCACUACAGUCGCUACAGGCAAGCGGAAGCCAAAGCACACGGCGGAGUGCUACACAACAACAGCGGCAGCUGUGCUGGUACCACCGCAAGUUCGCGGAAAGUCACCCGUCGGUCUUCUUCCUGACUGAUCGAGAGAAAGGCACCCGUUUCCUGGUCGACACUGGGGCAGAAGUGAGCGUUGUGCCAGCGUCGCCAGCGUCGCCAGCCGAUCGCAAAGGCCCGUGUUCGUCACCGUUGCAAGCGGUAAAUAACACGACGAUACCGACGUACAGGCACCGCUCACUCUCGCUAGACCUGUGCUUCAAGAGGAAAUUUCGGUGGAUAUUCGUGGUAGCUGACGUAAAAUUUGCUAUCCUGGGAGCGGACUUCUUGCGUCACUUUGGACUGCUUGUUGAUGUACGCAACCGGCGUAUACAGGAUCCCCUCUCACAAGCAGAAGUGUGCGGAAAGCCGUCUAAGCAUCCGCCCCUCAGCCCUACGCUCGUGAUACCACCGGGCACCGCCCGUUUUACGGCUAUCCUACGCGAGUUCCCCGAGCUGACGCGGCCGCCACAGACCGGCGGGGUCGUCACACACAAUGUAUUUCACCACAUUUCCACCACAGGGCCCCCGGUUUACGCACGCCCACGCCGCCUGUCCCCCCAGAGGCUUCAAGUAGCACGACAGGAGUUCGACCACAUGCUCGAGCUCGGCAUAAUCCGCCCAUCCGCUAGCCCUUGGGCAUCUCCACUACACAUGGUGCCAAAGUCUACACCAGGAGACUGGCGACCCUGCGGGGAUUAUAGAGCCCUCAACCGAGCAACCGUGCCCGACCGUUAUCCGCUACCUCAUAUUCACGACGUCACGGCCAACCUGCAUGGUGCGACACUUUUCUCCAAGAUCGACCUCGUACGUGCCUACCAUCAAAUUCCCAUGGCCUCAGAAGACAUCCCGAAGACGGCAAUAGCAACGCCAUUCGGCCUGUUCGAGUUUCUCCGCAUGCCUUUCGGCUUGAGAAACUCCGGACAAUCAUUCCAGCGCUUCAUUAACGGCGUUUUGCACGGCCUCGACUUCUGUCAUGCGUACCUCGACGAUCUGCUGAUCGCAAGCGGCUCACCAGAUGAACAUGAGGUGCAUCUGCGAUCCGUGUUUCAGCGCCUGGCAGAGCAUGGAAUACUGGUGAACACAGACAAGACUGAGUUUGGUGUGCACAAGCUGACGUUUCUUGGUCACGUCAUCUCGAACUCCGGAAUUAAACCUCAUCCAGACAAGGUUAAAGCUGUCGAGCAGUUCCCACAACCCAACACUAAACGUCAGCUCCGUGAGUUCCUCGGUCUCGUGAACUACUACCGCCGUUUCAUCCCCCAGUGUGCCACUAUUCUACAGCCUCUCCACCUCCUGCUGUCGACACACGAAGGUGCCGCUAAGGAUACCAAGGAUACCGCUAAGAGCUCUACUGGACGGAGGGCGCCCAAGCGGCCUUCCAAGAGGUCAAGAGACGUCUUGCCGACGCCGCGCUUCUCACUUACCCGCAACCGGGAGUUGCAGUGCGUCAUGGUCGACGCAUCGAACGUAGCUGUGGGUGCCGCACUCCAAGAACUCAUCAAAGGGGUGUGGCGACCAAUCGCUUUUUUUUCCCGGAAACUGACAUCCACCGAACAGCGGUACAGCCCCUUCGGGCGCGAACUGCUGGCCGUCUACGCGACAAUCCGGCACUUCCGGCAUUACCUAGAAGGUACCGAAUUCUUUGUCCUGACGGACCACAAGCCUCUCAUGUAUGCCUUGCGUUCACUGAAUGCUGAGGGGGGCGCCCAUACAGCCCGCGAACUGCGGCAGAUGUCAUACAUAUCUGAAUUUACCACCGACAUCCGCCACAUCAAAGGAGUCGACAACACUGUCGCCGAUGCCCUUUCGCGCAGCCCGUUAAAAGCCGCACUCAUGGCAAGCGAAGAACACUCCUGGGUCGAAGCACUGCCCAUUGUGCUCUGUGACAUACGCACUGCGUUCAAGGCGGACGUCGGCUGCAGCGCUGCAGAACUUGUCUACGGCACAACCCUGCGUCUGCCUGGCGAGUUCUUUGUGCCUGACCAACAACAAACCCACAUUCCUGCUGGCGACUACGCAUCUUGCCUACGUCACAUCAUGACAAAACUUCGACCGACACCUCCACGAAAGCCCACAGAAAGAAGCAUAUAUGUGAGCAGCGAACUCGAGUCGUGUAGCCACAUCUUUCUGCGCAACGAUGUAGUACGAAGAUCACUACAAACACCGUACGACGGACCCUUCAGAGUUCUCCGCCACGGAAGAAAAACGAUUACCAUCGAAAGGCAUGGCCACAAGGAAGUGGUGUCAUUGGACAGAGUUAAGCCGGCACACAGGGAGACCAACCAGUCCACGACAGCAACCUCCGCCCUUCCACCCGAAACCUGGCGAACAGCGCCACAUCCCACACCAGCGGCGGACCCCCAAGUAACGAGGAACAGCAACGGCUUGCAGUUGCGGCAGCUGGAUGACCCAAUCACGUUAUUCCUUUUGCAGGUCAAUGGGUAG